AUGAAAUACACUCUGCUGCUGGCUGCCAGCGCUGCCCUGGCUCUUGCAGGGCCUCAAGCCCACUCUAAGCGGGCCUCUUCCUUUGUUUGGUUUGGUACAAGCGAGUCUGGAGCGGAGUUUGGCAAUCAGAACAUUCCGGGUGUUCUGGGAACCGAUUACAUUUGGCCGGAUACUUCAGCCAUUCAAACGCUACGCAACGCGGGCAUGAACAUCUUUCGGGUGCCAUUUAUGAUGGAGCGAUUGGUUCCCACUACGUUGACCUCAAGUCCAAAUGCGGCUUAUCUGGCAGACCUGAAGAGUACAGUUGAAUACAUCACGUCUACCGGCGCAUACGCUAUCGUGGACCCCCACAACUUUGGGCGAUACUAUGGCAAUAUCAUCAACUCCACAAGUGACUUUGCCGCGUUUUGGACGACUGUGGCAACAGAGUUCGUAUCGAAUGACAAGGUCAUCUUCGACACGAACAAUGAAUUUAACACCGAGGACCAAACCUUGGUACUGAACCUCAACCAGGCGGCCAUCAAUGCCAUCCGAGCUGCUGGCGCCACCUCGCAGUAUAUCAUGGUGGAAGGAAAUUCCUGGAGUGGUGCCUGGACGUGGACGUCAGUCAAUACCAAUCUCGUCAGCUUGACAGACCCCAACGACAAAAUCGUCUAUGAGAUGCACCAGUAUCUCGACUCAGAUGGGUCCGGCACAUCCGACACAUGCGUCAGCUCGACUAUCGGCCAAGAGCGUGUGCAGUCAGCGACAGAGUGGCUGCAAAGCAAUGGGAAACUUGGGUUCUUGGGCGAAUUCGCGGGCGGCGCCAACUCGGUCUGUCAGAGCGCCGUGACUGGAAUGCUGGACUACAUGCAAGAGAACAGUGACGUCUGGCUCGGAGCAUCCUGGUGGGCCGCAGGACCAUGGUGGGGAACCUAUAUCUACUCGAUGGAGCCACCCUCGGGACCUGCUUAUUCUUACUACCUCAAUAUCUUGUCUGCCUACUUCCCUUCAAGCUCGAGCGGUUCCACAACCACAACCACAACCACCUCCGCUACCUCCGCUACCUCCAAAUCUACAUCGACGACCACGACUGCAUCGACCACAAAGUCGACAAGCAGCACAACAACCACAACUAGCACAGGAUCAACCUCUACUGCCACGGCAGCCCACUGGGCACAGUGCGGCGGCACUGGCUGGACGGGAGCGACGACAUGUGCUAGCCCGUAUACUUGCCAGGUCCAGAAUGCGUAUUACUCGCAGUGUCUGUAA